GUGCUUGAUUUCCUCAGGUACUUAGACCAGUUCGGUAAGACAAAGGUGCACGUACCUGGCUGUAUGUUCUACGGCCAGCCUGAGCCACCAGCUCCUUGCACGUGCCCUCUCAGACAAGCUUGGGGAAGUCUAGACGCUUUGAUCGGACGGCUGAGAGCAGCUUAUGAGGAGAACGGUGGAUCUCCGGAGACGAACCCUUUCGCUAGUGGAGCGAUAAGGGUUUAUCUGAGGGAGGUUAGGGAGUGUCAGGCUAAGGCUAGAGGGAUUCCUUACAAGAAGAAGAAGAAGAAGAAGCCAACGUCGGAGAUGGGUGGUGGAAGAGACGACUCUUCUUCUUCCUCAUCCUCUUCCUUCAGCUUCUCUUAAGAGAUUCUCCAUCUUCGUGAAAGACUUUUGUGGUAAUAUAUUUC